AUGAUAGAAGAAUCGCAUAAACUCCUUACUGACGCAUUAAUGGAUCUUAAUGCAAUAUCAACAGAUAUAUCAAAUAUUGAAAUAGAACAAGCCAUUGAAGGAGAAGAGCGAAUUUGUUUCAUUUGUUGUAAUUCAUAUGAAAAAGAAGCGUUUUAUUUAGGUCCUGCACCAGUAAACGACUCUAUUACUGUUGCAAAUUUUCAUUUAAAACUAAAUUAUAAAAUAAUUCAUAUGCAUAAUCCACCUCCGAGAUUAUUUUUAACAAGUUUUGAUAUAUUACUCGCAUCAGAUUUAAAAUAUCUUACAGUAUUCUUCUGCGGCCAUGGAAGUGUCAAAGAUAAUGAAGGCGUCAUUGUUUUCGAUAACGGAUACAUUCGAUCUAGUACAAUUACAAAGCAUUUAAACUUACUUGGAAAGCCUGAAUGCUGUAAGUUAAUUGUAUCAGAUUGUUGCGGUGCAGAAUCUGUUUGGUGUUCAGGAUCUAUACCAAAGAAUACAAUUUCACUCUGUUCAUCGCCUGGACUUAAACCAUCGCUUCAGGCGAACGUUAAAGGAAAAGCCCAAGGAUUAUUUACAUAUUUCUUCUGGAAAACUGCUACAAAAUUUAAUGCACUUCCUCUUGCAGCCAUUAUACAGUCUGCAAAUCAACAUUUGAGGAAGUUUGGCCAAACAAUUAAAUGCGAAACUAAUCCUGAAGAUGUUAUUGAUCAAAGAUUAUUAUCUUCGAUUCAGGGAAGUGUCAACAUUAACAAAAUACUCGGACAAUACAAGAAUAGAAAGAAAUUCUAUCAAACAUAUUCAGAAGAAUCGCUUACAAAAAUUUCGAAAUUCUUUUAA